UUUUGAUAUUGUUGCUUAGUAACCAAAGAAUAACAACUUAAAAUUUGGAACAAACUAAAGAAUAUUCAUUUCGAAUUUGGAACGCACUUAGAUUUACUUUAAAGUCAGGAAGUCAUUAAAAAAUGGACGAAUUUUAUAAUUACGAUGCCAUCAGAUGCAAACCACAAGUUUAUAAUGCUCCAUCGUCUCAAUCUCUUUCUGAAUCUUUGCUUACAAAGAAAUAUUCUUUUGGAUGGCAACGUUCGAUGCUUUCCAACUUCUGUUUGUUGAAAGAAGAGACUGUAGUCAUUGGUGCUGGAAAUUCAAUAAUCAUAUUCAAGUUGAAAACAGGAUCCCAAAGAAUAUUCGAAACUGUUUGCGGUAAAGGGGUUGCACAUAUUUCGGCUUAUCCCGAUUAUACCAUGUUUGCUGUCGCGGAGAAAGGAAUUAAUCCAACUAUCGACAUUUUUACUUAUCCGGAUGUUAAUUUGAAGAAACUUUUGCAAAAUGGCGCCGAGGAAUCAUACGUUCAUUUGGAUUUCGAUAAUUCCGGAAAGUAUUUAGCAUCUCUUAGUUCUUUUCCAAAUUAUUCUCUUAUAAUUUGGAACUGGAUGGAAGAACGUAUAAUUUUAAAAACUAAAGCAUCCGAUAAUGAUGUUUGGCAAGUAAAAUUUUCAUCAUUUACAAGUGGAAACAUUAUUACAAGUGGUAUUUCUCAUAUUACAUUUUGGAAAAUGGAAAAUACUUUUACGGGCUUAAAACUGAAAAGUCAACUUGGAAAAUUUGGUAAAAUUGAUGUAUCUAACAUUCGAAGUUUCGUUCAAUUGCCAAAUGACAUAAUAUUGUCUACUUCUGAUUGGGGAAAUAUAUUACUUUGGGAAGAUGGAAUUUUAAGAGCUCAGAUAUGCCAGAAAGGGAAUAGACGUUGUCACGAUGGAAACAUUAAUCAAAUUGUUUUAAAAGGUGGAGAAUUUUUAACUAUUGGAGAUGAUGGAUGGAUUAAAAUUUGGGAUACUGAAGGCUUAGAAGUGAUUAAUAUAGACGAAGAGAAAAGUUUAUUAGAAAUGAAACCAACUUUUGAAUUAUUAGUCAAACAAAAUGCUGAUCUUCUUUAUACUGUCCAAUCGCCGGAUAAAAAGGAUGAAAAAGUAUGGUUUUGCCUCGAUUUAAAGGGUUAUAUAUGGAAAUUAGAUUUAUUUUUCACAUUUUCUCCUAAACAACCAGAAGUAUUUCGAAGAUUUCCAACCACUGAAGUAGCAGGUUGUGAAAUUAGUCCUACGUCUCAUAUAAUUGCAAUAGCAUCUACCGAUGGUAUCUUACGUCUAUAUAAUUGCCUAAAUUAUUCUCUGAUUACGAGUCACGAAUUUCAUCAAGCUCCGACUUCAAUGAUGUGGGGUUCUAGAAUGUUAGAUAGAGGAGGUGGUUCUCUGAUUUUAGGUUUUGAAGAUGGAGUCGUUAGGUGGAUGGUUAUAAAGAAAAACGUAAGACAAAUAACCAAAUUUGAUCUUGAAAUGCGCAGAGUUAUAAAAACACAUACUGCUGCGAUAACGUGUAUUAAAACAAAUUCUUUUGCUACUUACAUGGCAACAGCUAGUUUAGAUGGAACAAUAUUUUAUUAUUUUGUGCGAGGUGGUGAAAUGAAACCUUUAGGAUUCGUUGAUCUUCGACGCCCUAUUCAAUGGUUGAUAUGGUUAGAUAAAAUCGAAUUGAUAAUUGCGUAUUGCAGAGACGAUAUUUUAACUGUAGUUGAAACUAUAAAAAGUUUUGGUGUUAGAGAAAAUAAAUCGACAUAUAAUUUAGAUCUUUCUUGGAAAGAAAUAGAAUUGGAAAGUACGGAGUCACAUGAGAAAGUUUCCGUUACGAUACCGAAAGAAUUUGAAUCUGUAAAGCGGACUGCAGAGAUUGAAGAAGAAAUCGAAGAAAAUUUAAUAUAUUUAGAUACAGAAAUGGAAAAAAAUUAUGGAAAUGAACAGGAAACAAACAGAAUUAAAAACGAGCUUACAAAAUCCAAUGGAUAUAAAAAUAAUUCUAAUGCAGAAUCCAAUAUUACAGAUGGACCGGAAGAUAUGAAAACAACCGAAUUAUCAGAGGAAUUGAAAUCAUCAUAUUUAGAAUUUGAAAAAGAUACGGACUGCAAAUUACCUAGAAAACCAUUUAAUAUAACAUGUGGUUCAUAUACCGGCAUUGCAGGAAAAUUUUGGUUAUGUAUGGAAGGAAAUAACAAAGGAUUUUUAUACGAAUAUUCAAUUUCUAAGGAUAUUUUAACAAAUGGAAAAAUUCCUAAUUUAACACCAAAUCGAAUAAUGCAAAUAUUUCCUUCUGAGUUGGAUUCAGUUUCGUGUUUGCAUUUUACGACUAACAAAAACUAUUUAGUAUCUGGUCAUAAUGAUGGCGUAUUGAGUGUAUAUUGUAUUGAGAAACGUAACAAAAAUGAAGACAUGUAUUUAACAUCAUUUUGGUCUUCGGGUAUUCACGAUUUCCAGAAAGGAUCUAUAAAAUUUAUAACAAGUAGUCACGAUGGAAAACUUUUAGCAACUACUGGAGAAGACGGUAACGUGUUCCUUUUCUACAUGAAUGCUCCUAAGUACGAUAAAAUUCUACCAGAAAAUAUAAAUAUUCCCGUAUCUGAAUAUUUGGGAGGGGCUCAUAAUAUAGAAAAAGAUGCGUUGAGUUUAGAACAAAUAUGCAAAGUUUCUCUAGAAGCGGAAAACUUGAAAAAAUUGGAAAAAAAUCGCUUCCAUCAAAUCCAACAAAUGACUCUUCUUAGGGCUAAUUAUGAAAAGUUAACAUCUAGAAAUAAAAUUCUUCCAAAACACAUGCAAUCAGACUUCAGUAAAAUUGUUGUGCACGAUAAAAUAAAAGCACGACUGGAGAAAGAAAUAAAAAUAAAAUCAGAAAAUAUAAAGAAGAAACUGGAAUAUAACAUUGCUCAAAAAGAGAUCGUAUUUAAUAAACUAAAUACUCAGUGGAAAAGUAAUAUCCAGCAACAACUGGUUGUAUUAUCGUCAUUUUUAACAAACGAAGAAGUUUUCACAUCGAGAAUGACCGAAUUGCCAUUAAACGAAUAUGAAAAUGUUGAUUUUACGGAAUUGGACGAAUUAAAAAAUUUAGAAUUAAAAUCACUGAGUAAGGAAUUAUUAGAAGAAGAAUCGAAAAACUUAGAAAAAUUCGCAUUGACGCAAAUUACAGAAACUGCAAAAUCUGAAGAUUCUAGAGAACAAGAUGUAAUUUCGAGAGGAUCCUUUGAGCAUUUUCGAACGAAUAAUGCUUUAGCUAAAUUAUUAAGAAAAAAAUUGGGAGAUUACAAAUUAAAAAUCGAUCACGAUUAUCUUCCUCCAGAAUAUUUACCCGUUAGAGCCAGACAAAAAUAUAAACAAUUACUUAAACUCAAUGUGGAUGUACAUCGAAGAAAAACUGCUUACAAUAAUCAAGUAAUGCUUUUAAAUACGUGGAAAGAAGAUAUAACAAAUAAACUGGAACAAUAUGGUGGAUUUAUAGAACUGAAGUUUCCUACAGAAAUUUAUCUCGAGAGAAGAAAGGAGUUAUCGUCAUCUAUUAAGAAUAAGAUACUGAAGAUACAAUUAACUAUGUACCAACAUAAAUGUUGCGACGAUAUCAAACUAACUUCAAAUACGUUUUUUAAUGCCUGCUGUUGUCCGAGACAGGUGGAAAACAAACUUAACAUUUGGAAAUAUUCAAAUAAUAUUUCUAUAGAAAAAGCUUCUGAUAUAACAAGUAAGUUAAAAAUGGCGGAUGAAAUUAUACUAAAUUAUACUAUUAUGAAUAGUUACAUUGAAAGCCUAAAAAGUAUUUGGAUGUUUGAUAGUCGAAUGCAUUUUCUAAGACUGCAAAGAAGUUUGAUGGAUCAAGAAUUAAAAUAUUUGGAUAUUAGACGAAAACUGUUUUAUAUCGAACAUCAAAUAUUAGAUAAAUACGACCAAGAAGAAGAAGAGUUGAUAAAUAAAUGUAAGGAGAAAAAAAAAGAAAAAGAAGAAUUGGAAAGUAAUUUGGAUAAACAAAUGGAAAAAAUGGCAGAACAAGCUGAAAUUAUUGCCAAGUUAAAAGAGGAAGAAACGAAAAUACAUUCCGUUUUGGAUAAUUUAUUGGGAGAAAAUAAUAAAUUUUACUAUCUGUUGACAAUGUUUUUUAAAAAAAAAGUUUCAUUAAAAACAGAGAAAAAAGAGGAAGAAGCGAAAGAGGAAGAGAAGGAUAACGACGACUUCGAAGAUGAUAAAUCUGACUGGUCAUCAGAGGAAGAUUAUUAUGAAGAUUUUGGAUGGGAUGGAAAUGGAUGUCCUCCAGGUUGUGAUCCUGAUUUAUUCGAAUCAGUUUGUAAAUUGAGAGAGAAACGAAACGAAGUAGAGACAAAACUAAAAGAAACAGAAAAAUUACACGAAGCUGAGAAAUUAGAAUGGGAAUCGUUGACAAAGAAAUUAAAACUAAUCGAUAAUGUUAUAUAUCCAGUAAAGAAAGCAUUAGAACAAGUUCAACUGAAGAAACAGAAAGAAUUAAAUGAAAUUAAUGUUACUGCUAAUCUAUUUCUGGAUCAGAUACAACAUUGUGCGCCUCAAAUGCCUGCAGAUCUGAAUACCGCCAUUCUAUUUCCAUAUCAAGUAUUGGAAAAUUUGAAAGAAAGAGGAGCAGAUCUCGUUAAACAAAAUAUUGAGAGAAGGAAAACACAGAAAGAAAUAAUCUCUCAACAAGCUGUUCUUACUCAACAAUGUGAAACUCGAAUUCAGAAAAUUAGAGAAAUGAAUGAAAUGAGUAAAGCCAAAAUGAUAUCAAAAUUUGGUCAAACGGUUGACAUGAAACGCAUAGAAAUGUUGAAGGAAUCUCCAGAAGUACAAGAAUUAGAAAGAAAACAAAAGAAAAUAAUAAUGAAACAAGAAGAAUCUUUGAGAGAAUGGAAGAGAAAAAUUGCAGAUAGAAAAAGGGAAUAUUAUCAUGUCCUUUUAGAAAAUACAGAAAAAGUACAGAUUUUAGCUGCUCUCAAAAGGAGAGCUUUGGUUCUUAAUUCCAAAUUUGAGGACAAAAAAAGAUGUGCAGUUUUCCCUAAAAAUAUGUAAAAUAGUUAAAACUAGAGUAUGUAUAUGUAUAUAAUCAAAUGUAUAUUACUUUAUAAAAGCUGCGCAUUCAAUAUGUUUAA